AUGGUUUUCGUGAUUGGCCGAGCUGUGUUCUGGGAGCUUGACAAGGCUUCCACUUCCUGGUUCGCGCUUGACUACCUCUGCGACGCUAUUUAUUUGAUUGACACCACUAUUCACAUGCACGAAGGCUAUUUAGAACAAGGGAUUAUGGUAAGGGACGCCAGGAUGCUACGCCAGAAUUACAUGAAGUCCGAUUGGUGGCCAUAUGAUUUCAUUUCUUUAAUUCCAACUGACAUCGCUUAUUAUUGGUGGCCGCCGGGAAAUUGUGACUUUGAUCGUUUGCCGUGCCCUGUUAUUGUCCGACUCAAUCGUUUGUUUCGACUGCCCCGCAUGUGGGAGUGGUUCGAUCGUACCGAGACCGCCACAAGCUUUCCGAAUGCCUUCAGAAUUUGCAAGGUCGUCAUGGCUAUUUUAGUACUUAUUCAUUGGAAUGCAUGUCUUUUUUUUGCUAUCAGUUAUGCAAUUGGGUUCGGAACAGAUAAUUGGGUAUACAAUAUAACAGGCUCGCGCAAUGAAACUUUGGCUCAUCAAUAUAUUUAUAGUUUUUAUUGGUCAACUUUGACCCUCACCACUAUCGGUGAAACACCCCAACCCGAAAUUGAUGUCGAAUACAUUUUUGUCGUCUUAGACUUUUUGGCGGGAGUGUUAAUUUUCGCAACAAUCGUUGGUAAUAUUGGAUCGAUGAUUUCAAAUAUGAACGUUGUUAGAGUUUAA